CUUGUAACAGACUGCAGUCAACGACUCAUUCUUUCCGACCACUUCAGGCGUUGGAGGAACGUCGUGGCACUCACAGACUGCUUCGUCGCUUUCUUUACAAGCUCGUUUGGAGAUGCUCCGGGAGGCAGUGAGCAGGGCUGUGCUCUGCCUGUCCUUCUCCCUCCUGCUGGGGGUCUGUUUCCCAGCAGAGGGUGCAGGUGCCGCAGGGCCUCUUCCUACUUUACCCCCCGAACGACAGUCUGGGAAACCAGACCUUGAGGAUUGGGAGUGGGGUUCUGGAUCAUCUCUUCUGCACCUGCUCCACAGCUUCCCUGCUGACAGCCCCUUCAUAACAGAGACCCCAGGAAAACCAGUCAACUGCACCCAGCGCUUUUGGUUACCACCAUCCUCUGCAAUCUGCUGGGAAAACAUAGCUGGACCCGAGGAGUUUGCCAGGUCUCGUCUGCUUGUCCUCCAGAACAGGGCUUCCCUGCAGGCUGUGUCUACUACCAGCGGGGUGGAGGAGGGCGGGGUCUCCUACAAACUUCAAGCCAGAGAGGAGGUCCAGGGCAUCCACUCUGACCACUUGAGUGUGGUAGAAACUAUGCAGACCAUGGAGAAGGAGUUUGUAUCUCUGGAGGAGACAAGGAAAGAAGGGAAGGAGCACGGAAUCUUCACACGCAUGAAGGAGCAUCUUGCCAACACAAGAGUCGCCAUACAUGGAAGAGAGCACAUGGCAAACAUCCUGGAGAAUCAUUUUUCUACUUUAGAGAAUACUUUGCUUAACAUGCAGCUUCGACUGCACAAACUCAUCCGGCAGUGACCAUAAAAUGGACCGGUUGUCCUAUAUGAAUGUAUUCAUGUGCAUUAUUGUUUAACAAUGUAGCAAAUGCAUGCAUGCUCAGGAUUAUGUUAUUAACACUUGAUAUGCACUGUAUGUCAUCAAAGCACCAACAUGUAACAUGUGUAAACUGGUAUCAGCAGAGA